AUGAUUGAACUCUUCACCAUAUUUGGGAAAGGAGGUAUCGUUUUGUGGUGCUUCCAAGAAGGCGCUCAACUGUUCACAGAAUCUGUUAAUCGACUCAUCAGCGAUGUUUUGAUGCAGGAACGUGGAGAUGUGACCCAGUUCAAAGACAACGGUAUGACAAUCAAGUUCAAGCUUGACAAUGAAUUCGAGCUUGUCUUCUUGGUUGUUUAUCAAUCAAUCGUUCAAUUAUCUUACACGGACAAACUCAUCAAUGAUGUUUGUCAAAGAUUCAGGGAUUUGUACAAGAAUGUUCUUCAAAAUAAGCAGAUUUUCUAUCAACAUGGCUCAAAAUCUUUCCGUCAUUUUGAUGAAGAGUUUCAAAGUAUCUUGAAUGAGAAUAUGAGACAAAGCUUGAAAGCUAGUGAAACUGUAAAAAAGCCAAAAACAUUCCAAGAAAGUGCUAAGUCUCAAAAAACUGUCGAAUCUCUUAUUGUAAGUCGUCCUGGAGAUGAUAAGAAAAAGAAGAAGGAAGACAGUAAGAAAAAAGCGGAGGAACAGAAAUCGGAAACAGCCGAGUCCGGAAGUGAUUAUGGAUCAUCGGCUCCUGGCUCUCCAGAAGAUGCUGAGAUGAAACGGAAGCGUGAUGCGCUGUUUAAAAAAAUGCAGGGUGGCUCUAAAAAGGAACCAAAGUCUCCUGGCAAAGAAGAACCUAAGAAGAAAACAAAACAAGCUCGAGUCUGGGCUUUGAGCGGCCAAGCAGCAGAUGCUCAAUCAUUGGAUUUCUCUAGCGACAAGAACCAGGAAGGAGGCGCUCGUGAGGAAGAGGAAGCGAAAUUUGUUGAAGAGCAGCGUCGUUUCGUCGGCCAAUCGGCUAAUUUACACGACUUGGAUGAGUCUGAGGAUGAAUCUGAGGAGGAAGAAGAAGUUGUCGCAGCUAAGGCCAAUAGCGGAGGAUGGUUCAGUGCCUUCAAAGAUCUUGUUGGAAAUAAAAAACUCGCAGCUGCUGAUUUGGAAUCUGUUCUAGAGAAAAUGAAAGAAAAUCUGAUUUUGAAAAACGUAGCCGCCGAGCCGGCUGAUAAGAUUUGUCAAUCCGUCGGACGAAAGUUGGAAGGAAAAGUUAUUAGUACAUUCAGCCGUGUUAAUACAGAAGUCAAGGAAGCAGUUCGGGAGUCAUUGACUCAGCUUCUAACCCCAAAACGACGUGUGGAUAUUCUUCGAGACGUGGUUGAAGCUAAACGAGAAAGUCGACCUUAUGUCAUUGUGUUUUGCGGAGUUAAUGGAGUUGGGAAAAGUACAAACUUGGCAAAGAUUACCUUCUGGCUCAAUGAAAACGGUCAUCGUGUCUUGAUUGCUGCUGGUGAUACUUUCCGUGCGGGAGCUGUAGAGCAGUUAAGAACACACACUAAGCACUUGAAUAAUCUGCAUCCGAACUCUGUUCAACUUUAUGAACAAGGUUACGGUAAAGAUGCUGCUUCCUUGGCUGCUUCGGCUAUGCUAAUUGCUCAGGAACGAGGAAUUGACGUGGUCCUUGUGGAUACUGCCGGUCGUAUGCAGGAUAAUGAACCGUUAAUGAGAGAAUUGGCUAAGCUCAUCAGGAUAAACGAACCUGAUUUGGUGCUGUUCGUGGGAGAAGCGCUUGUUGGUAACGAAGCGGUUGAUCAGUUAGUCAAGUUCAAUCAGGCACUAGCUGAUAAUGCCACACUGGGUAAAGAACCACGGUUGAUUGAUGGAAUUGUUCUUACCAAAUUUGACACCAUAGAUGAUAAGGUGGGAGCUGCAGUUUCUAUGACAUACAUCACUGGACAGCCUAUCGUAUUUGUUGGAUGUGGUCAAACGUAUUCUGAUCUCCGAAAUCUAAAUGCUGGUGCUGUCGUAAACGCUCUUCUGAAGUAA